CAGAUUUGAAUUGAACGUAUCGAAUUCCCAAAACGCCCUACAAUUGACGCCGAAAUGGCCGUUCCCUCGAUAACGUCAGGGUUUAUUUCAGUCCAUUAAACUAAGCCAACGUAGAGUUUGCUGUCCAAAAUAUGUCACGUGCAAUCCUUCCCUUGUAAUAAGUGAAGCUUACGCGCGAGCUGCACAUCCACAGAGAGAGAGAGAGGCAGAGAAGAAGCUCCGGAGAUCGUAAGAAUCGGAUCCGGGGUAUCUUCGGAGCUUCAAUCCAGGGAGAGUCGAAGCUUUCGGGUCUUUCUCUUUCUUUCUCAUAGGAUUUUCAAAUCAAUAAUAGCUUUAGCUAAGGUUCAGGUAUCGAAUAAUGUUAGAUUAACCGCCACAAGCCACUUCAAAACAGGUGUUGAAAGAAAUAUGCUUCAUUGGAGAAGAACUAGUUUUAAUUGCUGAUAGGUGUAAAUGUGUAACCUUUUAUGUGCCAUUCAAGGUUCAACAUUCUCUCAGAGAGUGAUUGAACUAAGGGAACAUGAUUUAAGGGGUUAAGAUGCCACCUGUUGUGCUUUCUAAGCUAAACCCAGCAAUAUAUACUGGUUUUCGAAGGGCAAUUUCAGGAAGACGAGUUCGGUUGUGCAAUCCAACGAGUUCACUACUUAGACAGCGCAAAUUGUUGUCUGCCAAUUCAGGGUUGACUCAGUUUUUGCCUUAUUCAAUUAAUUUGAUAUCUGAUAAUAGGUUUGUGCUGAACCAGCUUUGUAUUAGUGCAAAAACCAUGGCUGUGUCUGGUUCCAAGGCUGUUUUUGGAGAUGUUUAUGUGGAUGAGUUAGUAGCAAGUUGUGGGAAUGGCUUGGACUUCUUAAAACCUACUGGGGUUUAUUUUCCUGAUGGAAGUCGUACCAGUUGCCAGAAAGUUAGCAUGACUUUGAGAAAGCGAGAACAAACCAACAAUCGUUUUGUAUAUGGAUACUAUGUUUGUGAUGCAAUGCAGAGAAAUACCAAAUAUAACCCGCCUUUUGGUCCAAAGAUCAAAAGUAUCCACACCUCAUCUUUGUUGUGUUCAUGUGCUGGGGCUGCUCAGGAUGUUUCAUUUGAUGGCGGUUCUAAGGAUGAACAGAUUGCAAGUUUGCCUGAACAAGCUAUUCCUGGUGAGAAAACCUUGACAUUAGUUUCAGGGUCAUGUUAUCUGCCGCAUCCUGCUAAGGAAGAAACAGGGGGAGAGGAUGCUCACUUCAUUUGUGCCAAUGAACAAGCCAUAGGUGUAGCUGAUGGCGUAGGUGGCUGGGCAGAAGUUGGCAUUGACGCUGGAGAAUUUGCCCGUGAACUUAUGUCUAAUUCAGUGACAGUAAUUCAGGAUGAACCCAAGGGUUCCAUUGACCCAGCCAGAGUUUUAGAGAGGGCCCAUUCAAGCACAAAAUCACAAGGAUCCUCAACAGCCUGCAUCAUUGCCCUUACAGAGGAGGGAAUACAUGCUAUAAAUCUGGGGGACAGCGGUUUCAUAGUGGUUAGGGAUGGUUGCACUGUCUUCCAUUCCCCAGUGCAGCAACAUGGUUUCAAUUUUACAUAUCAAUUGGAGAGUGGUAAUGAUGGUGAUCUGCCGAGUUCUGGUCAGGUUUUCAGAAUUCCUGUUCUACCAGGUGAUGUCAUUGUCGCUGGAACAGAUGGGUUAUUUGAUAACUUGUACAAUAAUGAGGUUACUGCUGCUGUUGUUCAUGCUUUAAGAUCUGGCUUCAGUCCCGAAGUAACUGCUAAGCAGAUAGCAGCUUUGGCUCGUGAACGAGCAGUGGAUAAGCACCGGCAGACACCAUUUGCCAAAGCUGCUCUAGAUGCUGGGUUUCGCUAUUAUGGUGGGAAGCUUGAUGACAUCACUGUUGUUGUGUCUUAUGUUACUAGCUCUACCCAUGUGUGAGUCUUCUCCAAGUUAGUGAUCCUAUUGACAUUGUAUACGUUGAAAGAGUAGUUUUUAUGGUGGCUUGUAGGGUUGGUAAGCUCAUUACUUUCAGUUUUUGGCAAUGAAACCUAGUGAAAGAAGUUGAAUUCAUAUUAGUUCUACAAUUUCCUUUUGGUUUACAAA